AAGCUGCUGGAAUGAACGAUAGUCGGAUACUUGUGAAGAAGCUUAGCGAUGGCCAACGGAAAAACCCAUAAAAUUAGGCAACAGCGUCCAUACAGAGGAAAAACAAAUCUAGAGAUAGGUGGUAGAAUGUUCUAGAAUGGUCAUGUGAUGUCACGAGACCAGUUAUGUCGCACUUUUGAAAAAAUACUCUGACGUACGUCUUUGUUUUUUUUUUACGAUUUCUAAGGUCGGGUACUUAAUAUAAUUUAUUUUUAGUAGCUUUGAUUGCAUCCUGAGAGACUGACUGGUAAUAAAAAUGCUUUCCACCGUGUUACUCUUUGCUUAUAAUCGUGCUUAUUUUCCUCUCAAACGAAAAGAGAAGGAGAACCUGGGCACGUGAAGGGUAUUGGCCAAUCGGAGGCCGACCUCCGAGCAGAAGGGUAUAAAUAGCGGGCAUGUUGCUGUGAGAGACGUCCGCCAUUGAAGACUGGUGUUUGGAAAAAGGCGAAUUAUUUGUUUUUAGAAGUUUAUUUCAAAACUUAAGUAGAGUUUGUAUCCGGACGAAACAGUCGUUCAAGAGCCUGCUUUUGGUCAUCUUUUCCAGCAGAACUUCUUCGGCACUGUUAAAAACAUUCUUUGUUGUGCCAGUGACGGAAAGUGGCACAGGCAGAGGAUGUGUAAUGAAUGCUGAGGUGGCCAGACAUAGCUUCAGAACAUCUCUCUGCAAACGCCUGUCUUUGGAGCAGAACCGACCACGUCAGAGCCGGUGCUCAGCAUGAACAGGAACCCCCCUCCCCCCGAGUACAAGAACCAUAAAAAACCUGGGCGCCUCACCAACCAGCUCCAAUACCUGGAGAAAGUGGUGGUCAGAGCUCUGUGGAGGCAUGAGUUCUCCUGGCCCUUCAGGCACCCUGUGGAUGCUGUUCAGCUCAACCUGCCUGAUUAUUAUACAAUAAUCAAAAACCCAAUGGACUUGAACACCAUCAAAAAACGUCUUGAAAAUAAUUACUAUUGGAAGGCUUUGGAAUGUAUUGAAGACUUCAACACAAUGUUUACAAAUUGUUACAUGUACAAUCGGCCGGGAGAUGACAUAGUUUUGAUGGCCCAAGCCCUUGAGAAGUUGUUUCUCGAGAAAGUAGCUGAAAUGCCCCAGGACGAGUGUGAGAUCAUAGCAGUUACCAACAAGGCGCCUCUGAAAGGAAGGAGGAUGUCUGCUGCAGGACUGGGGAAAAUGCGGCCUCAGUCUCCUGUGUCUGAGGUUGUGUUUCAACAGACAGUGACUGUCAUCCCUCCUGAGGCACUGCACACCAUCUCAUCCACGCCCCUGUCUGCGCAGCUUGAAGCCAAAUUAAAAAAGGGGGUGAAAAGAAAAGCAGACACCACAACCCCCACUGCCCCCGUCCUUACCAGCAGUGAGUCAUCUCCCUGUGUCUCAGAACCGAAGGUGCUGAAGUUGUACUCACGGAGAGGCAGCGGGCGACCCAUCAAACCACCACGUAAAGACCUGCCCGAGUCACCACAGCAGCACCAGGUGGGGCGCAGGGCCAAGCUCCCCGAAAGACUUAAAUACUGUAGCGGUAUCAUGAAGGAGAUGUUCGCCAAGAGGCACGCUGCCUACGCCUGGCCCUUCUAUGAGCCCGUGGAUGCUGUGGCACUCGGCCUGCAUGACUAUCAUGAUAUCAUCCAUCAGCCCAUGGAUUUGGGCACCAUUAAAAAAAAGAUGGACAGUCGUGAGUACACAGACGCCUUGCAGUUUGCUGCAGACAUUCGUCUUAUGUUCUCAAAUUGUUACAAAUACAACCCACCGAACCACGAGGUUGUGGCUAUGGCCAGAAAACUCCAGGAGGUUUUUGAGUCCCGCUUUGCUAAGAUCCCAGAUGAGCCGGGACCUUCGGCUCCUAGCCAGCACCUUGCGCCCAAAAGGGGGAAAAAUGAGCAAGCAGAAAGUCCAUCCAGCUCUGAGAGCAGUGACUCGGAGUCUUCUUUGUCAGAAAGCUCGUCUGACUCUGAGGAAGAUGAAGAGAAAAGAGCACAAAGACUGUCUAUUCUGGAGGAACAGCUAAAGGCAGUGCGGGAGCAACUGCAAUUACUGACCCAAACACCUUUGCUGAAGCAAAAGAAAAAAGAGAAGUCAAAGAAGGAGAAGAGAAAAAAAGAAAAGCGAAAGGGUGGUGAAGUGCGGAAACCAGCCCCAGAGAAAGUGCACAAGAGGUCGAGUAGCAGCAAGUCAUCAGGGAGGAAUAUAGAGAGCAAAGGGUACGAGUCUGAAGAAGAAGAGCUUGCUCCGCCCAUGUCCUAUGAGGAGAAAAGACGUUUGAGUCUGGACAUCAACAAGCUGCCUGGAGACAAACUAGGCAAAGUGGUGAAUAUCAUCAAGGCCAGAGAGCCUAUGCUUAGAGACACAGACCCUGAAGAGAUUGAGAUUGACUUUGAGACACUCAAACCAACUACGCUCCGAGCUCUGGAGACAUUUGUCAUGACCUGCCUCAGGAAGAAGCCUAAGGGGCCUGGCCAGAAAAACCCCCAAAAACCCCCCAAAGGUGAAAAGACAAAGGAGAUGGGGAAACAGAAUGCCAGCGAAGAGCUGAACUCGAACAAGAGGACCAAAGCAAAGAGUGAAUUUAUGGCAGCAGAGCCCAAGGAGCUAGCGCUCUCUUCCCGCCUUAGUGAGAGCAGCAGUUCCUCCUCCAGUUCUGACAGCAGUAGUUCUGACUCUAGUUCUUCUGAUAGCAGUGACUCUGACUCAGAGCAGAAACCUAAGAAGAAAAACAAAGCCCAUGGUCAUGGCACCAAAAUUAAAAACAAGGCGUUGAAGAAGAGCAUUGCCCUUGAGAUGAAGGAGUCCUCUAAAGACCCGUCUGAGCAGGCCACCAAGCCACCUGCUGAGGAGGCCAAAGCGCCGCCAGCUCUGCACAGCCAGCUACCUCCUCAGCCUUCCAGACCCAGUGCCAAAGCCACUCCUCUAGUUCGAAAGACCUGGAUGACCCCCCUAAAUCUGCCCAGUGAGCAGAGCCCCUUGCCUCCCACUGCCCUUCCUGCCGCAGACAUCUCCACCUCCUUUCCGUCCUCCCCACAUACCCUCAUUACAAUGCUACCCAAAAAGUCUCCACCCGCAUCCUGCCCACAUCCACCUGCUUCACCCAGUUGGCCUAGGAGUCCGCCAAGUUCCUUCCCUGCCCAUAGUUCCCCAGCAUCUGCUUCCACAGACCCAACAUGCCCCCUCCCAACUGCUGCCACUGUAAAUCCUCUGCUUAAGGCUCAGCAGAAAGGUUUCCCUGCUCUCCUUUCUCCACUAUCCACUCCUCCUGGACUGCCCUCCUCAAACUCUGCAGCACCUAUGGCAAGAAACCAGCCCAUCACUAAGCAGGAGUGUCCCAGUUUGUCCACCCCAUUGGCAAAUGUGAAGGAAGAUAAGGGAGACCCAGGUGUAGUGGGAGAGUCCUUUGCUCAGCUGCACCCAAUGCCUGGGACUAAACCCACAGAAGAUGGUGAACCGCACAAAUCCAGCCAAGAUCACAAGCCCAGCAUGGCUAAAACGGAAAUUGUUCUGAAGCAUGCAGACUCCUGGACAAGCCUGGGCAAGAUGGCCACUCUUGCUCCCUCUGCCAUCCGGUCAUCCAAGGAGAGUUUCCAACAAUUCCGCAAAGUUGCCAUGGAGAAGGAGGAGCGAGAAAGGGCACGUAAGCUCCAGCUGGAGGCUGGCCGAGAGAGGAGUGGCUCAGACAAAAGCAGCCUGACGCAGCAGCUUUCUAAGGCCAAACCAGAGAUCCAGGCUUCCAGGACAGAGUUGGAGUCUGCAGAGCUUCCCAUUAUGGCAGCCGUCUUAGACCAACCUAAAACGCCAGAACCUUCUACUCCUACCCUGUGCUCCAUGGACCGUGAAAGAGAGAUGGCACGCAAGAGAGAGCAGGAGAGACGCAGACGGGAAGCUAUGUCUGGAACCAUUGACAUGACCAUGCAGCAUGACAUCAUGGCCACCUUUGAGAAGAAUCUCGACUGAAAUGACUGUAAAAUAAAUAAAUAAAUUUAAAAAACUGUUUAAAAAAUGUAUAUGCUACUGUUCUGUGAAAAGAGUAGCUGGUCUCCUCCGCUUCCUAACAAGCUCCACGAGUCCUGGUGACUGAAACGGGUUCUAGCAUCUCAACAUGUGUUUCUCUCACUUUACUUUAGCACAUUUAUACUGAAGUGGCUGUAGUAAAAUUUAAGAAGCUGAUACUGUACAGUGUACAAUUUAAGUGGAGCAUGCAAUGGGCCAUGCAAUGGGCUGCUUGUGUAUUGAAUUGAUAUAAUUAUUAAUAAUACUGGUAUUUGGAUGUUUGCUUAAUUUCCAGUAUUGAAGUACACACAUUCACUUCUUCCUUUUGUGAAAGGCAGUAAAUGAACUAAAAUGGUGAUUGCACAUCAAAUACUGAGAAUGUUUUACUUUGCAUUCUGUUUUUCCCCUUUAUUUUGUACUGAAAAUGGUGUCCAUCGUUGCUUUCAUGAAGUAAUGAAACAGGUCUUGCACUGAUUGUUGAUGAAACUGUAAUGUGACUGAGUCUAUAAUGCAGCAAGUUAGAAAUACACAAAUUGUGCUUUGAUUUGUAUAUUUGUGGAGUUAAAACAAUUGUAUGUGAAUAACAUUCCAUUGUCAGUUUUCGAAACAUGUAACUGUAUAGCUGCAACAUGUUGUUCAGUCCCCGCCUGCUCCGUUUUUUUGUGUUAUGUCUCUACAGCUCAAUAUUUUACAAUAGUAAGAUUCAUCUCUCAAAGCCUUACAAGUUGUAACUAUAUUCUUGGGCAGUAUCCACUGAUUUCCUAACUGUAGCAUGAAAGCUGAACGGAUGUAAAUUGUGAUUUGUAAUCGCAAUAUGAACGUUGUAAAAACAACUUUGUGGUAAUAGUUGCAAAACUUAAAAUCAGUUGAGUUUUUACAAGUCUGCUUAUUGGAUUUGCGAUUCAUACAUUUACUCUCUAGUUGUUGCAUUUACUUCUUAGUCAUCUUAGACAGCAAAGUAACUUCAUGUUCAAUUUAAAUAAUCAGUAUUUUGCCUGUAGUAGAAGUAACAUGCAUAUGAAUGUGACCUUUGCAUAUGUUAAUUAGUAAUUAUAAUUGUUUGUCAUUCUGUGAUGGACUAUUUUUGAUUACUGAGAAUUGUUUAAGUGAAUUAUAACGCCAUUGUGCCAUUCCAUUUAACCUUUCUAAGAUGCACAGCAAAAACCUAGUGUUGCUUUAACUGUUCAGGUAUUUGAAAACUGUCACUGUUGACUCAGUACUAUGCAGAUUAGUAUGCCUAAAGUUAGAGUUUUGUGGUCAGUGUUUAUUCAAGGUGUUGCUGUUUGUGCAGAGUUGAAAAUGCAGUGUUUUGCUUCUUUGACCCUGAUGCUUGUGGCCAUCCGUCCUCCGUUGACUUCCUUCUGUCCAUCACUCAAGCACUUUACUCAGCAUCCUGGCAGAACCGAAGUGAAGAAGGAUAUGGGGUUAUUUCAUAGUGACCAUAUAUUCCAGUAAAUUAAAAAAAAAAAAAAAAAAAAACUCAAAUAAAAAAAAAACUAUUUUCAUGUACAUGUUUUUGCCUUUACUUCUUAGGACUGAUGUACUGCCAAUGUAUGAAUUUUACUUUCAACAGUCUCUCUCGUGCAAAUACACAUACAACAGAACCAUUAUUGGCUGAUAUUAGAUGGGAGGCUAAAAUAUAAUAUCCAUCAACAGCUCAACAAUGAAACUGAGUAAUGCAUUACAUUAUGAGAUUUCAUCAGUGGCAUAGUAAUGAUGUGGGGCAGGCUGUUACACACUCUUAAAGACUAUGGAGUUCAUACUGAGUUUCCUCCAAGUAACAAGCAUGCUAAACAGAAAAGUUGUAAUCCUUUUGUUCAAACCAAAAAACACUAAACUUGAAGUUCUGUGAUCUUUUCUUUCAUGUAAUUGGUGCCUUGAAUAACCUGUCUAUCUGCUGCAUUGGAUAAUUAAUCUGCUUUCAGUUUCUCCUCAAAAGGCAUUUAGAGGAUGGAGCAAAUAAUCCACAUUCUUUGUG